AUGGUACUGGAACAGGAUAAAGGGCUUUUUGGUGUGACUGGAAGGUCAGCGAUUCACCUUGCAGCUAUCCUCGGCGAUCUUGACAUGUGCAAGUGGCUUUUGAAUGAAGGUGUCGACGUUCGAUCUUUAACAAAGGAUAAAUACGAGGACAGCGUGCUGCACUGUGCCGCAAUGAACAAAUCGCACGGCAAAGAACUAGUGCGGUAUUUUGUUUCCGAGCAUAGCUUUGACGUGAACGCAAAAGACAAACUUGAGUUCACGCCUCUCCACUAUGCCUUACACAAAGAAAACAUCGAUAUUGCCGAAGAAUUGUUUCAACUCGGUGCAGACCUAACAGUAAAACGGAUCACCAAUGACUCUAGCAAUUUGGAAAAUUUAAUGCACUGCUGCAUUCUCGAUCUGUCGAGGAAAUGGUCGCUGAAAGAGGAGACAAGGAAAUGA